AUGCCCGACAAUGGCCGGGUUGACAGCACCAGGCCCGAAAACGCCAGCUAUACGAGCACGGCCUCAUCAACCGCCUCUCUUUCCGACUCCGCGAAACGAUCUAGCCGGGAUUGCCAAAGUGAUUUCAACCCGGCGCACCCCGCAACUGACGCCAUUGACCACGAAAACAUAGCCCACAACCAUGACGGCUCAAACAACAACAACAAUCUUCCCACAGGGGCCGCGCUAACCCUUCACCCGUCGACAGCGACAACUAUCGAAUUCCCCGAAGGCGGGCUGACGGGCUGGCUCGUCGUUUUGGGAUCUUUUUGUGCCAUGCUCUCGCUUUUUGGUUUAAUCAACUCCGCGGCGGUAUUCGAGUCGUACUUUUCGACGCACCAGCUAGUCGACAAGACAGCGUCAGAGAUUGGCUGGAUUUUCAGUCUCUACUUGUUCAUCGUGUUUAUUGUCGGCAUUCAAGUGGGGCCGAUUUUUGACCGGUAUGGUUCCCGCGUACUGGUCGCGGUGGGAGGGCUUUUGAUUUUUUUGAGUUUGCUGUUGUUGAGUUGGUGUGAGGAGUAUUACCAAAUUAUCCUCACAUAUUCAGUCCUCGGCGGUCUGGGAGGUGCGCUCCUGAAUAGCCCCGCGUAUGGGGCGAUUGCGCACUUCUUCAAUGUCCGCCGCGGCCUCGCCACCGGCAUUGCCUCUACGGCUGGGGGAGUAGGCGGCGUGGUCUUCCCUGUCCUGCUCCGGGCACUGCUCCCGAGCAUCGGCUUCGCAUGGAGCUGCCGAGUCUUGGCCUUCAUCAUGUUAGGACUCGCCAUCCCGUCCAACCUCUUCAUCAAAACACGCCUUGCUAUCGCUCGUGGCCCCGACGGGCGGGCCAAGGUUCAGUCGGUCUGGCCUGACUUCAGCGUGUUCAAAGACGCCCGGUUCGCCUUCGCCUCCGUCGGCAUCUUCUUCAUGGAAUGGGGUCUAUUCAUCCCCCUAACUUACAUCGUCUCCUACUCCGCAGCCCACGGCCAGGAUGCCACAGAGAGUUACCUGCUGCUCUCCUACCUGAACGCCGGUUCUGUGUUGGGCCGGGUGCUGCCGGGGUUCCUCGCCGAUCGAUUUGGGCGGUUCAACGUCAUUAUUGUUACCAUCGCGUUGUGCGUCAUCACCAUCCUCGCUCUGUGGCUGCCGGCGGGCACGUCUGAGGCCAUGUUGAUCGUGUACACCGUAUUGUUUGGGUUUGCGAGCGGGAGUAACCUGGGCCUGGUGCCUGUAUGUCUGGGUCAGUUGUGUGAUCAUAGGCGGUACGGGCGGUUAUACUCGACUGCCAUGAUGGUAGCGAGCUUUGGGACACUCAGUAGUGUGCCCAUUGGAGGUGCGAUUUUGGAUGCGGGGGUGUCGGAAAAUGGUUGGCGUAACUUGAUUAUCUUUGCUGGGACCCGGUACAACAUGACCGCCGAACUAUCAGCAGCCCCUGUGCUGUCUACACCAGCGGAGCAUGUCUUCGAGUAUGCUGUUGCCUCGUCAAGUCCUGGCGACACAGUCCCACCAAAGUCAGACGAUGAAGUGCGCAAACUUUACGAGAUCGAGCGAACAGCGAAAGAAGUACGCCAGGGCGGAUGGAAGAGGAUAGCCCUCCAGUUCCCGGACCACAUGUUGGGAGACGGGCCACGGGUGGUUGAAGUACUCAACGCAGAACUCCGUUGCCUCCCGAACCCAUCCGAAUCCCCAGCGCCUGCUGAGAGGAUAUACAUCCUUGCCGAUACAUCCUACAGCGCCUGCUGCGUCGACGAAAUCGCAGCCGAACACGCCGACGCCGACGUCGUAGUGCACUACGGACGAUCCUGUCUCUCCCCCACCUCCCGACUCCCCGUCAUCUACGUCUUCACCCACCACGCCCUCGACCACCCCGAGACCCUAGCCGCAUUCGCGAAACAAUACCCAAACAAAGAAACCCACGUCAUCCUCAUGGCAGACGUCACCUACCAAGACCACAUCCCCUCCCUCGCGUCCGAACUCCACCACACACACGGCUACACCAACCUCCUCUCGACCACCGUAAUACACGACCCGAGCGGUGCAAUCCCCAACCGGAAACUCGUCCACCCCGGCAGCAGCGAGCUCACCGAGGUUGCCUCGUCCUCAAUCGACCUCAAAUCACACCAAAUCUUCCACAUCUCCACCCCGCCUACCUCCCUCCUCCUCGUGCUUGCGUCCCGCGUACAGGACCUCCACAUCUGUCCCACGCCGGACUUGGCGUCUCCGGAUGCUCCGUCGUACUCACCCACCCGCCUUUUGGGUCGUCGCUACGCGCGGUUGCUGAGUCUUGCGUCGGCCGGGAUCAUUGGGAUUCUGGUGAACACGUUGUCUGUGUCGAAUUACCUGAAGUCAAUAGACGCGCUGCGGAAACAGAUUGCGGCGGCGGGAAAGAAGAGCUAUACCGUUGUUGUUGGUAAGCUGAACCCGGCGAAACUGGCCAAUUUUGCUGAGGUGGACGGGUGGGUGGUGGUUGGGUGCUGGGAGAGUGGGUUGGUGGAGGAUGAUGCGGGGUUUUUUAAGCCGGUCAUCACGCCGUUUGAGUUGAGGGUUGCGCUGAUGGGGGAUGAGAAGCGGGUUUGGGGUGGGGAUUGGUGGGGGGGUAUUGAAGGGGUGCAGGGUGAUGGUAAGGUUGAGGAGGGGAAGGUAGAAUCAGGGGAGAAUGGGGAAGAGGGCGAUGAGGAAUGGGAUGAGGAUGAGUCUGCGCCACCAGAUUUCGAUCUCAGGACUGGGAAGUUGAUCACACAUGCUCGGCCAAUGAGGACUGGGACGAUAGAUGGGAAGAGCGAUCAGUCAAGUAGUGCCCUGGCGGUACUGUCAAAGGGAGAACUGGCCAUGGUCAACGGAGUGGUUAGCCCAGGAGCUGAGUUCCUCCGGUCGCAAAGGACAUGGCAGGGGUUGGGCAGUGAUCAUGUGGCGGAAGAAAGUACGGCGAUUGAAGAAGGGAGGAGUGGCGUGGCGAGGGGGUAUACUGUGGGUGAUGCUGAGGUGAAAAGGUAG